CACUUCUUGACGUACCUUGGAAUUUGCAUUGAUCCUAGUUGCAACUUUACUCCUACACUUGUCUCUUCCUAUUGGGAUAACCAUGAAAUUGUUGUUCUCAUAUCCAAUGUGGAUUAUGGGAGAAACAAGAAUCAUCAACUAAUUUCGUCCCUUCAAAGCGAAGUGACGUUAUGGAUUUUGGAAGCAGUUCGUUUGAGGAAAUGGAUGAUCUUUUAUUAUUUUCUGGCACAAAUGAUGGGGAUGAUGAGGUGAGUGAGAUGGAAGAUGAAUCAUGGGAAAUGGUGCAGAAGAAAGGAAACCAGUUUGUGAUCAAUGAUCAACCCUUUUAUGUAAAUGGUUUCAACACUUACUGGCUGAUGGUAUUUGCUGCGGAUCAGUCCACAAGAGGGAAAGUCUCUGAGGUUUUCAAAGAGGCAUCUUCUGCAGGCCUAACGGUUUGCCGGACAUGGGCUUUCAACGACGGUCAGUGGCGAGCUCUUCAAAAGUCCCCAUCAGUUUAUGAUGAAGAUGUUUUCAAGGCUUUAGAUUUUGUUGUAAGUGAAGCAAGGAAAUACAAGAUCAGGCUUGUACUUUCACUAGUUAACAACUGGGAUGCCUAUGGUGGAAAGCCACAAUAUGUUAAAUGGGGAAAAGCUGCUGGCCUGAAUUUAACAUCUGACGAUGACUUUUUCUCUCAUCCAAUUCUCAGAAGCUACUACAAGGCUCAUGUUAAGGCAAUGCUAAAUAGAUUAAACACAGUAACAAAUACAACUUACAAAGAUGACCCCACAAUCUUUGCUUGGGAACUGAUUAAUGAGCCUCGAUGUACCUCAGAUCCCUCUGGCGAUAUGCUUCAGUCCUGGAUAGAAGAAAUGGCAGUGUAUGUGAAGAGCAUGGAUCCAAAGCACUUGGUAGAGAUUGGAAUGGAAGGAUUCUAUGGUCCCUCAACGCCGAAUAAGGUUCAAAUCAAUCCCAACACAUAUGCUCAACAAGUCGGAACUGAUUUUAUCAGAAACCAUCAAGUUCUUGGUGUUGAUUUUGCUUCAGUUCACAUCUAUGCAGACUCUUGGAUUUCUCAAUCUAUCUCGGAUGCCCAUGUUAAAUUCACCAAAUCAUGGAUGGAAGCUCACAUAGAGGAUGCCGAGAGAUAUCUUGGAAUGCCAGUAGUGUUUUCGGAAUUUGGUGUUUCUACAAAGGACCCUGGAUACAAUUCAUCAUUCAGGGACACCCUUAUCAAAACAGUGUAUGAUACCCUUUUGAACUCUACAAAGAAAGGAGGAAGUGGGGGUGGAAGCCUUCUGUGGCAGCUAUUCCCUCAAGGGACAGACUACAUGGAUGAUGGUUAUGCCAUUGUGCUUUCCCAAUCACCGUCAACAUCAAAAAUCGUAUCCCUUCACUCCAAAAGACUUGCCAUCUUCAACUCUAGGUGUGCUUGGAAAUGCCGUUGGGGAUGUAAGAAGAAGAAUCAAUUUAAGGCUUCCCUUAACCAUGAUGAGCUCUGAGAUGAGAUGUUGUAAAUAGAACUGUUUAAGUUCCAAUUUAAUGGGAGUUAUUACUAUAAACAGUUCUUACUAUAAACAGAACUGUUUCUACAAAUGCUUGUUGCUGGAUUAAGUUUUGUGAAUUAAAGUAAUUACAGAUGUGAAUAAAUAUUUUGGAGCCAUCUUAAAUGAUGGUAUAUUGUCUGUCUGACUA